GAAAAAUGAAAAAAUGAAGUUCAGAUUUAUUUCUUUCAGCAACACUCCCUUCGAGUCUAUACUGAGUUUGACCGAAAACUAUACCGAGUUACUGACUAGUGACUAUUGAGGAUUCCGCGUUCGAGUCUUCCAACAUCGUACAUCGACGACUGACGACCGCCCCUUCUCGCCGGAUCCCUCUUCUCGGAAGUCGGAAAUCGGCCCGAAGCCAGACCGUCCGCUGAAUAGCCAUCCGAACCUGGAAUAAAUGACUAUUAAUUUAUGCUCUAAUUCGAGCUCAGAUCAUGGAGCAUUACAGUGAAAAGAAGGUUUCCGGGAUUUGUAUCUGGGUUUAGGAAUUGCGGAUUGACCGAAAACUGGAUCUUUAUUUUCACCUAUCUCACUUUUGAAGGUAGAUUGAAGCAUAUGUUAGAUGGCUGUAACACUCUUUAGGGGGGUUCAAUUUUAUGCUCCUAAGCAAUACCCAUUCCCACAUUUUUUUAGAAAAUGCACCUCCGUAUGCUUUACUUCGAAAAGUGCACAAAACCAGACCGGGGCACAGGAAAAGCAAGAGAUGCAAUCCAAAGGAAGACAAAAAACCCAUCCAAAACAGCUCGAUAACAUUUUGAAAGAUUUUGAAGCAAUCAUUGGGAUUGAAACCCACGUGCAGCUUUCAACUCUUACAAAGGCCUUUUGUGGCUGUCCUUACACUUAUGGAGCUUUUCCAAAUACUAACAUUUGUCCCGUUUGUGUGGGUUUGCCCGGGGCUUUGCCAGUUUUGAAUUUGAAGGUUAUAGAGUCUGCUGUUAAGGUUAGUCUUGCACUGAACAGUAAGCUUUCUCCGAGGUCAAAGUUCGAUAGGAAGCAAUACUUUUAUCCAGACCUUCCAAAGGGAUACCAAAUUUCACAGUUUGAUAUGCCUAUUGCAACUGGAGGUUAUCUUGAUCUGGAUAUACCUGUUGAGUUUGGUGGUGGACAUAGGAGGUUCGGGAUUACAAGGGUUCACAUGGAAGAAGAUGCUGGGAAAUUGCUUCAUAUUGGCGACAUGAGUUAUUCCCAGGAAAUUAUUUUCUUCUCCGAGAUGUUCUGAAUUUUCUAUUUAUAUAUGGGUUGACUUGAACAGAGCAGGGGUACCAUUACUUGAAAUAGUAUCUGAACCUGACAUGAGAACGGGUAUUGAAGCCGCAGAGUAUGCUGCUGAAUUACAACGAUUGGUCAGAUAUUUGGGAGUGAGUAACGGUAAUAUGCAAGAAGGAUCACUUCGUUGUGACGUUAAUAUCUCUGUUCAUCCUAUGGGGCAGAUCAAAUUUGGUACAAAGGUUGAAAUAAAGAACUUGAACUCGUUCUCAUCAAUGAGUAGGGCCAUUGAUUUUGAGAUUUCAAGACAGGUGCUUCUUCUUAACCAAGGCCAAGGUGAUCAGAUUGUACAAGAAACUCGUCUGUGGGAAGAAGGUGGUCAGAAGACAAUUACCAUGAGGAAAAAGGAAGGGCUUUCUGACUACCGAUAUUUCCCAGAGCCUGAUCUUCCUGGGGUCACUAUCACUGAAGACUAUGUUGACAGUAUUUCCAAGUCACUACCAGAACUUCCAGAAAUUAAAAGGCGGAGGUAUGAAAAGAUGGGAUUAAGCAUGCAGGAUGUCCUAUUCCUCACUAAUGACGCUAAUGUUGCAGAGUUUUUUGAUGCAACAAUUGGUGAAGGUGCAGAUGUAAAGAUUGCUACUAAUUGGAUGAUGGGCGACAUAGCUGCAUACCUGAAAAAUGAAAAGAUGGCCAUCGGUGUUAUUAAACUUACCCCUCAUGAACUUGCUGAGCUCAUAUCUGCAAUUCAAGAGGGCACUAUCAGCGGGAAGAUUGCAAAAGAGAUAUUAUUUGAGAUAAUGGCCAAGGGUGGAACUGUGAAGGGGAUGAUAGAAGAAAAGGAUUUGGUUCAGAUUGUAGAUCCUCAAGAGAUUGAGAAAAUGGUAGAUAAAGUGAUUGCUGACAGCCCAAAGCAGCUAGAGCAAUACCGUGGUGGCAAAACAAAGCUGCAAGGUUAUUUCGCUGGCCAGGUGAUGAAGGAAUCAAAAGGCAAGGCAAAUCCGAAUCUCCUGAACGAGUUCCUUCUGCAAAAGUUGAAUGCCAAAACCUAAUAUGCUUUGACUGGGCACUUUCCUCCAGAUACACCAGACUUCGAGAACUGGUUAAAUGAAGUGGCAGGAUGUGUAUCUCUAGUAUUUCAUUUGUUUAAUACAAAAUCACGGUAAUAGAAGGAAAUUGGAGAUGUUAUAAAAUGCAACUGGCUAUUCAAGUAUUUAACUGUAUGUAACUGUCAGGAUCAACUACGUCAGAAGAUUCAAGAUACUCUACUGUCGUGCUGCUAGCUGCUAGUUCUAAGUAUGAAAAAUUGUAGCCAAUGUAAUGUCCGAUAUUCUUAGAAUAGAGUUUGUACUUUUUAUUUCCUGCGCAUUUUGGGACAUUCAUUCAGGAUAAAUUCAUAAAAUUAUUGGUGCACCAUUAGUAGUUAUGUACUUGUGUUUGCAAUUACGAUGUCCAAACCAUACUACCCUAUAGUUACCCCAAACUUUGUGAA